GACCUCUAUCCCGCUCAAUACAAACCAAGACCACACACGAUGCUCGACCACUGCUCAAUCUCCCACAAAGGUGGUGUUGUCCUCUGGUCUCGUUCGUUCACCCCGGCCGCAUCCCAGCUUGCUUCGUCUCCAGCUUCGCCGGUCAAUUCGCUCAUACGCGAUGCCCUCAUUGAAGGACGGACUACGGGAGAUAAGUACGAGAAGGAUGGGUAUGCUGUGAGGUGGACUUUCGUGAAUGACCUUGAGCUCAUAUUCGUCGUGGCAUAUCAACGCAUUCUUCAGCUCACAUACGUCGAUGACCUGCUUGCAGCUCUGAAGACACUCUUCGUCAAACUCUUCCAACCCUUCCUCACCAACUUCGUCGCUUCCCUGCAUUCCAUAAACACUCGAGUCGCAUCCGCAGCCUCCACUGCCGCCUCCACUGCCACUUCAUGGGAUUUUGUCAAGGCAUUUGACGGGUGGGAUAGCGUGUUUGAUAAGUUGCUCAGAGGGCUGGAGGAGAAGGCUGCCGCGGAGAGAAAGUCCCGCAUGAGACCUAUCGCCCGUCCAGUAACCGUCGUCGAACCUCCCAGCCCCCCCUCUGAUGAUACAGAUACCGCACCAUCACAGGCACCUUCUGCAGCAGUUGACGAACAACAGAUUGCUCGGAACGUUCAAGCUUUGAAGAACAGGCUGCGCGGUAGGGGCGGUAAACGGGGUGGGGGAGGUGGAGGCGGUCGUUCGGCGCUCGCGCGGAACGACUCUGGUGCGGGUAGUGGACGGGAGAGCUAUCCUAAUUCCGACUCGGACACCACCUCAAAACGCAAACCCAAGGGGAAAGUUCAACGCAAAUGGGGCAACGAAGCGCCUACAGAAUCCGACAUGGCUACUCUCGAUUUCAGCUACGACAAACCAAGCGAUGUAGACUUCGACAUCUCACUCGAUGUCCAGGCCCUUGUCGAUCAAGCCUCGCUCGGCACGCGCACCAACGACGGUCUCUACGAAGUCAAAGACUGGGAGUUCGGUCGUAAGGCCGACGAGGCCGUCUCGCAGGCUCUUAACUCCUCUGGUGGUGGCGCUGCUGAGAAGAAGGGUGUGGCGGGCGGGAGCUUGGGCGCGCUGGGAUCGAUGUUUGCGCGGUUGACGGGCUCGAAGGUGCUCACGGAGGAAGAUUUGAAGCCGGUGUUGGAAGGGAUGAAGCAGCAUUUGAUGAAGAAGAACGUGGCAAUGGAUAUAGCAGAGAAGGUCUGCGAGGGUGUUGGUGAAAGUUUGGUAGGCAAGAAAGUGGGAGGGUUCCAAACAACGAGCGCGGCCGUCAGACAGGCCCUGUCGAACUCCAUAACCCGUAUUUUGACGCCAAAUACUUCGACUGAUCUUCUGCUUUCCAUCCGAAGCAAGCUUUCAUCGCCUUUGGCAUCGACUCAACAACGUCUGCCAUAUAGCAUCACCUUCGUCGGCGUCAACGGUGUCGGCAAGAGCACCAAUCUCUCAAAAGUCUGCUUCUGGCUCAUCCAAAAUGGACUGAGGGUUCUUAUUGCUGCUUGUGAUACUUUCAGGAGUGGCGCCGUUGAGCAGCUGAGAGUACAUGUUCGGAAUUUGAGUAUGCUGGGCGUAAAUGGUGCAACAGAUAGUAAAGGACGAGUGGAGUUGUAUGAGAGAGGAUAUGGGAAAGAUGCGGCCGGGAUUGCUAGGGAGGCUAUCGCGUAUGGUCGAGACAAUGACUUCGACGUUGUCCUUAUCGAUACUGCAGGUCGCAUGCAAGAUAAUGAGCCCCUCAUGCGUGCCCUGGCCAAACUCGUAUCCGUCAAUAACCCAGACAAGGUCAUCUUUGUUGGCGAGGCGCUAGUGGGCAAUGAAGCUGUCGACCAGUUGUCCAAAUUCGACCGUUCGUUGAAAGAUUUCUCUUCCGCUUCUGGCGGCGCGGGCUCGGGGAGAGGGAUAGAUGGCAUGUUGGUCACCAAGUGGGAUACAGUGGAUGAUAAGGUGGGAGCGGCGCUCUCGAUGACCUAUGUAACGGGACAGCCCAUCAUCUUCGUAGGCACUGGACAGACAUACACGGACCUGAGACAGUUGCGUGUAGCGAACGUGGUGCAGGCUAUUUUGAGUGACUGAGCCCGCCCAAGAGAUUUUAGUGGUUUGAGUGUCGAUAUGCAUGGUAUGGUGGGGUGCUGUGGUGCGGUUUGGUUUGUGUUCCGAUGUGAAAUGGUAUUCUGCUGUCAUCAGCAGCUGGCGUUGUGCGGGUACCUUCCGAGAACGCGAGGUAUGUUGGGAUCUCGAGUGUGAUAGAUAGAUGGAUUGGUAGAUGCGGUCAAAGAGGGUUCUGCGGUCUGUUUCCCCUCGUUUCACUUCACAUGUUCCAGCCUUUUCCCCAGGACGCUCUUCUUUUCUUUCUCAUGACUUUGAAUCUCUCAACAUGGGUUCCGAUGGAUGGAUGAGUGGGUAUACGGUACGCCGAUUGAAGACUGCAAUGACAGUCGCCGUCGUAAUAGGGAUUGUAUCCGAGUUUGAUGAUUGCUUGUACAUAUACUAUUUAUGUGCUGUAAUGUAUCAUAAUGUGACCAACUUCAGCAUGCUACGAUCUUCCUCGCAGCACAGCUGUGCUGGAUGGCCGGGAUAUAGUACUAGGCUGUCGAGAAGGUAAUGUAGUACAACAACGACAUCAGAGAGCAUGUAGCCAAGGCAGAACCAUGUGCAUGGAGAAAAUGUCUAUGAAGUGGGGAUCAGUGUGUACAAGAACGUGAAGGAAUGAAGAGCAGAAGCCCAAAGACAUACACAUACACAGGACAAGAACUAGAAUGGAAUAAAUAACCACCAAAGCAUUUAGUCCAUCCUCAAGAAAUCAGAAUCGCGAGGACGACCUCCCACACCUCCACUAGCACCUCUACCAGCCCAGUUGUCCUCCACCGGAAGCCCCCUCAAUCUAUUAUCCUCCCCAAGUGACUGCACUCUCUGCCUCUCUCCGUGCGAGCCGUGGAACGCAGCGUGUCCCGAAGAAUCCGUCGAUGGUGGUUCGGCGUCGCUCUCGGGGAACCGAGCGGAGGGGUCCAUGAUGGGCGUCAUAGAGUUUAUCCUCUGUGGUUGCAUCCAACGAGGUAGUGGACUUGACCUCCCCUGAUACUCGUCGCCGCUAAUAGCAAGGCCUAUCUCGCCGGCGUUCUCGUGUCCGUAUCCCGUUGACAUCCUAUCCUGCGGCGGAGCUCCCAUGCCCGUCCCUACGCUGCCAACACUUCCCCACCUGCCGUGCCCAUUCACUGCUGCUGCCGGCAAUGCACCCAUGUUCCCUGCAUUACUAUCUACUGAUAGACUCUUCUCUCCUCGGACGUGCGUCAUCAGCAUUGGCCGAAACUGUUCUCUUGCAGUAGGGUUCAUGAAUUCGGCGGAGGGAGGCAUGCGGAGACGUUUUCGAGAGAGUAGGCGUUGUCGUAGAGCGAGAAGAGAGAGGAUGACCAUAAGGAGGAAGACGAAGGAACCGAUGGCGAUGCCGAUUAUACUUCCCUUAGAGAGGCCGUGAGAGGCACUGACGCGACUUUGCGGGGAUGAAGGCAAGUCGGAGGGGAGAGCAGGAUUGCCUGAGGGUAGCGUGGUUGAGAGGAAGGUGGAGGGUAAUGAUGAAAUAUCAUAUGAUGAAGAAGUUGAGACGCCGUUAGUUGAGCUGUCAAAAGUCGAUGAUGAGGGAGCGUUGGAUGUGGUGGUGGCGGUACUGCUCCAAACGGUUGAAGAGCCAGUGAUAGUCGUUGAAGUGUUAGAUGUAUUCGUCGGGUCAUAGGGUGAAGUGAGCGUAGCACCCCCAGACGCCGUUGUAGACUCGGAAAUAGGAGAUGUCGAUGAUGAUGAGGGCGUGCUGUCCGUCGACUCGUCACGGGAGACAUGUCCAGGGUGAUGGGAAUCAUGCGGAAAGCCACCAUUUCCUCCUGCCUUUUCAUCGAGACCAGAUCGCCUGAGACGAGUGUCGACAGAACUCGCUUCGAGGACACCACGUUGACUUUCAGCACCAGACCAUUGAGUCGAGCCCUCUGGACGAAUCUUGGGUCUGACAUCGCGGUAGACGCCUAUCAAAAUAUUCAUUUUCUAGUGGCCAGAAUAACCGCACCUUGUGCACUCCUUCUUCAGUGAAGAAACAGCAGACAGCAGGAGGCGAGCACCUGGAAG